GCAACGCCCCUAAUAGGCCUACACGCAUUCUGUCCUCUAUAGUGAGUCUAUAGCAACCAAGGAAGACAUAUUGCUCCAUCUCAACGCUAUACGCUUUAAAAAAUCCAUUACCGAUACAUUCUUAGAGAUUCAUCUACAGAAGACAUGAGACCUGCUAGUAGUGUACACAUCGUCUUGCUGGUCAUCUUGUUUGUUAUCAUGGUUCAUGGACAAGUCGCCCGAUGGAGUAAUGAAAGGCUAAAUAAGAAUUUAAAGAGAGUUUCUUGCAGUAAGAAUCCAGCUUUCGGAGAAAUGACUUUUACAGGUGGUAAAAUGUGUUGCUUUUGGUCAGUCAUCCCCAAGACAUUUGCAGAUGCCAAAGCAGAUUGUGAAGCUAGAGGAGCGAGACUUGCAGUCUUCAAAGGUGCUGACAAAAUGGCAUUUCUGAUAAGUCAGUUGAGCAUUUGGGCAAGAGACAUUUGGAUAGGACUAGAUGAUAUACAAAAAGAGGGCACCUUUGUGUGGCAUGAUGGGACAAUCCUUUACAAACACGAAUAUCACCCACUUUAUUUUAGUAACGAUAACCCGGAUAACGAUGACAACCAAGAUUGUGUUGAUCUUUCGUGGUCUUAUUGGAAGUUCGACGACGAUUCCUGUUCCAAGUCAAAGAAUUAUGUCUGCGAAAAAGUACUCUAAUGAGCUGGUGAAGAUUUAAAUAUUAAUAUCAAUGAUUGAAAUA